GCAAACCAAAUUCAAAUUACACUCAAAUGAAAUUCUUAUUAAAUUCACGCGUAGUAGUCAUGAAAUCCGUGUAGUACUAAUAGUCAUCCUCCCAAAAGUAGAGAGAGAAAACAAACAAAAAUUAAAAAAAUAAAAAAAACAAAUAAAAAAAGACACUGUGUGUGUCUGUGUGUGAGCCUUUGUUUUUCUUCUUCUUUCUUCUUCCUCUUCUUUGUCUACACAGUGAAUCUUAUUCCGCAAUAAGCGCCUGCUUCUUCGACAUUUCCGCCAAACAACAACAACGUUAACUCUACCAAACGCCACUAUUAAUCUAUUUGUUCUCAAUGAGAUUAAUCAACGGUUAUUGAUUAAACCGGUAAUUAAUUAGUGGUAACAGAAUGGGAGAUAGUGAAGAUGGUAACAAUGAAAUGCUUCAGAGACUUCAUUCUUCUUCUGCUUCAUCUUUUAUGAAACAACAACAACUGAAUAAUCAUAUGGAACAAUUAAGUAUACCACAGUUUAAUUCCUCACAAAUGAGAACCGUUGGUAGAAAUCAGCAUCAUAAUCAAAGGGCAGGUAUGCCACCAUCACACCCACAUCAGAUCCCGCCUAUUUCACCAUACUCUCAGAUCCCGGUUUCACGGACGACGCAAAUGUCUUCUCAUAAUACUAGUCCUACACCUUCACACACUCGAUCACUCUCUCAACCGUCUUUUUUCUCUCUCGAUUCUCUUCCACCUCUUAGCCCUUGUUCAUUUCGUGAAUCUUCUGACAAUAAUAACAACGCUGACGUGUCUAUGGAAGAUCGUGACGUCACUUCUCACUCUCCGUUACCACCGUUUGCUAGAAACCCUUCUUUACCGCCUCGGAAAUCGCACCGUCGUUCCAACAGUGAUAUUCCGUUUGGAUUUUCAACUGUUUUGCAGUCUUCACCGCCGUUGAUUCCUCUCAGAGGAAGAGAAAUUGGUAAACCUAAUUCGUCGGUGGUGAAAAGAGAAUUUGAACAUAGUAAUGUGGAGGAGAAGAAAUCUUUAUCUCCUGAAGGUGAAGUUGUGGAUGAUCUUUUCUCUGCUUAUAUGAAUUUGGAUAAUAUUGAUGCAAUUAACUCGUCUGGGACCGAUGACAAAAAUGUCGCGGUUGAUAAUAAUAAUCGCGAUGAUUUGGAUAGUAGAGCAAGUGGAACGAAGACGAAUGGUGGUGGUGAUAGUAGUGAUAAUGAAGCUGAAAGUAGUGUUAAUGAGAGUGGGGAUAGUAUUCAGAGGAGGGAAGGGAUGAAGAGAAGUGCUGGAGGUGAUAUUGCACCUACUAGUAGACAUUAUAGGAGUGUGUCGAUGGAUAGUUUUAUCGGGAAGUUGAAUUUUAAUGAUGAGUCGUUUAAGCUACCACCUUCGCCUGGAGGAUUGGUUUCUCCGGGUAAUUCGGGCGAUGGGAAUUCGGCAGCUUUUAGUUUGGAGUUUGGGAACGGUGAGUUUAGUGGGCCGGAAUUGAAGAAAAUUAUGGCUAAUGAAAAACUUGCUGAGAUUGCUAUGGCUGAUCCAAAGCGUGCUAAGAGGAUUUUGGCUAAUAGGCAAUCGGCUGCACGAUCCAAAGAACGCAAGAUGCGUUACAUUUCAGAGCUAGAACACAAGGUUCAGACUCUGCAGACCGAAGCUACUACACUUUCUGCACAACUUACUCUGUUGCAGAGAGAUUCUGUUGGACUCACUAACCAAAAUAGUGAGUUGAAGUUCCGCCUUCAAUCUAUGGAACAACAGGCAAAACUCCGAGAUGCUCUGAAUGAGGCGCUUACUGCUGAGGUUCAAAGACUGAAGAUAGCUACAGCUGAGCUGAAUGGGGAGUCACAUCCUUCUAGCUGCAUGAUUCAGCAACAUUCUGGCAACUCUAUGAUGUUCCAACAACAGCAUCAGCCUCCUACAUCUCAGCAAAACAUUCAUAUUCAACAACAUCAACAGCAGCAGCAGCAGCAGCAACAACAGCAGAAUGGUAACGCCAACUCAAAGAAUGAAUUAAAGCAGUAGGCUGGGUUCAGGGUCCUGCAGAUGGUUGUUUAUAUUAUCUAUUGCUGUUUCAUUGCACUCAGUUUCACAUAUUUACAGAAGUUUUCCAUAGUUCUUAUGGUUGUAACUUGUAAGUUCGAUUCACAGUGCCUGUCAAGCUCGAUCACAAAGUCAAUAUACAAGUCCUAAUUCAUGUCUUAUAUUUAAAUUAUUAUAGCUCAUAUUUAAUUUCAGUACAUAUCUGAAAUUGUAAGCAUUAUUUGAACAUGAUUUGUUUUAUGAUAACAUUUAGAUGAAGUGUUACAAACUUCUAUUUUUUGGUAAAGAAUGGCGAUUUUAUUGUUUUCCAA